AGUACAGGACAGAGGCUGCUCCAGAACAGAGAUACCUCCAGUACAGGACAGAGGCUGCUCCAGAACAGAGAUACCUCCAGUACAGGACAGAGGCUGCUCCAGAACAGGGAUACCUCCAGUACAGGACAGAGUCUGAUCCAGGACACAGAUACCUCCAGUACAGGACAGAGGCUGCUCCAGAACAGAGAUACCUCCAGUACAGGACAGAGUCUGAUCCAGGACACAGAUACCUCCAGUACAGGACAGAGGCUGCUCCAGAACAGAGAUACCUCCAGUUCAGGACAGAAUCUGAUCCAGGACACAGAUACCUCCAAUACAGGACAGAGGCUGCUCCAGGACACAGAUGCUUCCAGUACAGGACAGAGGCUGCUCCAGAGCAGAGAUACCUCCAGUACAGGACAGAGUCUGAUCCAGGACACAGAUACCUCCAGUACAGGACAGAGUCUGCUCCAGAACAGAGUCUCCACAGUAGAGACUCCUUUGCUUUGCAAACAAUCUGUUAUGUAGAAGUGAGCAGUGAUUCAGAAACUGUUGUAAUAGUGAGAUCCUGGGUGUGAUAUGAAUACCCUGCUCAGCUAUGUGGAGCCAGUGGUUCUUGUUACCAACGUAGCCAAUUCUCUCUUUGAUACGGCACUUUUGAUGGUCGUAUACGAUCGGCUAAAUGGGACAACACCUGGGAAUAGUGACCUAGCCCAGAAGGAGGUGGCCCAGUUCUACAUGAUUUAUAACAUGAUCUACUCUCUGUUGCCCAUGCUGACAACGGUGCUGCUGGGAAGGUGGGCUGAUUGUCAAGGCCAGAAGGUCCUGCUGGUUGUGCCUUUACUGGGGUAUCUACUGGGGAGGGUCUUGCUGCUCUUCACCCAUAUUUUCCACUGGCCUGUCAGUGUGAUGUAUGGAUCAGCUGUGAUCAAUGGACUGACUGGAGGUUUCCCUGCUUACUGGAGUGGAAUUAAUGCCAUUGCUGCCUUGAGGUCAGGAGUAGUGAGACGCAGCCUGCGGUUAAAUGUCCUGGAGGUGACGUCAGGGGCGGCCGGACUGCUGGGCAGUGUGGUAUCUGGUCACUUCUUUCUGAUUAAAGUCAACAAUCAGCAUGGGCUGCUGCUGAUCUGCCUGUGUCUGUCUCUGUAUUUACUCAGCCUGCUCUAUUCCGCCAUCUUCCUCAGAUACCCUGCUGUCCUUUCACAGGGACAGGUGACCGUGGGGACGUGCAAUCCCUGCCAGAGAAAAUUCAGCAGAGAAAUGAUUCUUCUCUUCAUCUGCUACAUCCUGUAUGACUUUGGAGUGACUGGUGGUGAAAAUAUCAUCUCCAUUUACGUCCUGAAGCCCCCGCUGAGCUGGGACCCGAUCUUCGUUGGCUAUGGCAAGGCAGCCACCUUCGCCAUGUUUCUCACCAGCUUCCUUGGAGUCCUGAUCCUCUCCGGGCAUUUGAGUGACUCCUCUCUGGUGUUGAUGGGCAUCAUCUCCAACACAGCUGGAUUUGCCACCAUGGCCUUUGUGAGAAGCACCCCCUUGUAUUUCAUUGCGCGGGCCAUGAUGUUGUUUUCCUGCAUCCCGCUGCCGACAAUCCGGGGCUCAGAUGUCCAACGGGCCGAUGAAGCUUCCUACGGCUCCAUUUUCGCCUGGCUUCAGACAGCCAUGACUCUGGCGGACGUGAUAUCUACCCUUACCUUCAACAGUCUGUACGUCGCCUUCCUCGAGUGGUACAGCGGCUUCUCUCUGCUUCUGGCUGCAGCGGUUUGUUGGCUCAGCACUCUCCCGGUUGUGAUUUACAGCUACCGGCUGAGCAAGGGCGAUGGCAGUCAGGGUUCUGACACAGACUCCACUCAGAGGAUGGUCAUCGAUGACUUUCUCCGAUGAAUACUCGACCUCUUCCGUCUUCACAGUGAGGUGACCGACUGGAAACAUCACUGGAGCUGCCAAUUAUGGUGUGAAAGUGUCUCAGUGGAGAAUGAGAGCACUUGGAAAAUUAUAAUAACUUUUAAAGAAAUUCUCUUUCAUUGUACUGUAGAAACAGAACUGAGCUCUGUCUGAGAGGUGUGGAGAUUCUUCUAACUUUUGUUGGUUACAGUAAUAAAUGCACUGGAUUACCAGACGAUAGUAGCACUUCUGCAUUACAAAUGCAAG